CACUCAGGGGGUGCCACGGGACAGCGUAUGUGGCCGUGUCUUGGGUUGUCCUGUCCGUCAUGGUAACCCCAUGUGCCAUUGAUGCCAUUCCAAGGAGGACACCAGACCUUCUGGUGACCCUGUCCCUUAAUGGCCCUGGCUCCAAGUGACCCCUUGCCCUGAUGGCCCCAUCCCCAGUGACCGUGCUCUCAAUUCAGGGGAUGAUGUGAGCAAUGCCCUCACCCUGAACACAGCCCCUAACAGCCCAGGGUAGUGCCAAACCCAGUAUGGGGGGGCCUGGAGACACCAGGAGAUACACAAGAGCUGCUCUUCACCCACAGCAGGGUCUGUGGGAAGGGACAGCAGUGGCUGUGCUUGGGGGACGGGAUGGAUCCCUACUCCCCCAGAGCGGACAUCCCCAGCCUGGGGCCAUGGGCACGAAGGGAACAGUGCCAACAGGCUGGGGCCGUGCUGUGCCAUGCCAUGCUUUUCUGUGCCAUACCAUGCCGUGUCAGACUGUGCCAUACCACACCGUGCCAUGCCAUACUGUCCCUCGCUGUGCCACGCUCCUCCCUGCCGCGCCGUGCCGAGUUGUGCCGAGCCGUGCAGGCCCUGCGGGCGGCGGGGGCCGCGUUGCUCACCUGCUCCUCCCCUGCUCUCAAGUCAAAACACGUCCCUGCAUCCCGGGCGCAGCAGAGCGGCAGCGAGCACUGCGCUGACGGCCCCACCGUGCUGGCACCCAGGACCUACGAGAAGGCAAAGCAAACACGGCCUCGCCUUGCUCCCUGCAGGUCCCCAGCAUGGAGGGCAGGGAGGAGGCGGGCGACUCCGACAGCGGGAUCAUGCUGCACUCGGGCCCCUGCAGCCCCGCGGCCCCGCUGAAGGAGCUGGCACAGCGGGUGCGCAGGCAGCAGCAGGCACUGGAGCUGUGUGUGCAGGAGCUGCGGAGGCUCUGCCUGCGCGAGGCGGAGCUGACGGGGAAGCUGCCCCAAGAGUUCCCCCUGAAGGCCGGUGAGAAGCCCCCCAAGGUGCGGCGCAGGAUCGGGGCCUCCUUCAAGCUGGACGAGAGCCUGGUGCUGCGCGGGGCGGACCCACUGGGCGCCCUGGAGCGGGACCUGGCGCUGCAGAUGCAGAUCGCCAGAGCUGCGCAACGCUUGUGCCGGGAGGAGAACAUCAGCAAACAGCUGCGCCGCAGGAGGAAGACAGCGGCGCUGAAGGAGGAGCAGAAGCUGAAGGUGCUGGAGGACACCCUCCUGGCCGAGCGCAGGGCCCUGUCUGCUGGCGGCACUGGGGGGGCUCAGGAGCUGAGCGCGUCGGAUGAGAGCUCGCUGUCGGAUGCCGCGCUGCUGGAGGAGGAGGAGGCACAGCCGAUGGGAGCCGGCACCCCACAGCGCUUGUCAUCCCCGUGCCCGUGGCCCCGCUCGGCUGCUGAGGAGCAGAGUGAGGGUCCGGGCUGCCCCUCUGCACCCCCCGGCCCCUGGAGGGAGACCAGCCUCGAUGGACCCUAUGGGAAGGCCAAGAACACCGGUGCUGAGCCGGGGGAUGGGGAAAUCCACGGGUCCCGGUGCUGCCCCACGUCCCCACCCGCUGUCACCGCCAUCAGCCCCAGCUCCAGGGCUGGGGACGUGGCCCCGUACCGCUUCAUCCCCGUCCGGAGCGUGGUGCUGUGCCGGCAGGUGGGCUCCAGUGCACCCAGCACCCCCGAGCCAGCGAUCCGGCGUGGACAGUGCCAGUCCCUGAGGGUGGACGCGCGCUGGGAGCCGGGUGAGAUGCGGGGCCGCAGCACCGCUCCCCGCCGCCGCCCCACGUACUACACAGUGACGGUGCCCACCUCCUGCCCCCCGGCCCCCAGCCCCACGCCGCGCUCCGGCUCCGACGACAGCAUCUCCGACGUCUCCAGCGUCUCCCACGCCACCUCCCCGGGCAGCAGCAGCCCCGACGUCUCCUUCCCACGUCCCCCAGCCCCACCACCCUGCACCGAACCCACUUUCUACCCUCGCGGUGCCCCCCGGCUCCUGCCACCCCCCGGCCCCCCGGUGUUCCUCUACGAGCAGGACCUGGCCCCGCUGCGCUACCAACGCCUGGUGCCCUCGCACAGCCGCAUCGUGCGCACCCCCUCGCUCAAGGACUACGCGCCGGGGGGGUCCCGUGGGCUCUCCAAAGCGGCGGUGACAGAGGAGCUCAAAUCGUGGCACCAACGCGCCCGGCUGCGGGGGGCCCGGCCCCAUUCCCUCGACAGACAGGGGGCAUUCCGGGGACCCCGCUGUGGGACCCUCCAGGAUGGGCUCCCCGUCCGUGGGGCACCGCCGCGGGCUCAGGUAGGGCACAAGGAUGGGGGGGGGGGGGCAUAG